AUGACUGAAGUUAUUAGAAUGGAGCCUGAAAUCUGGGAGACUCACUUGCCGCCACUUUCCGCAGAGGGAAUAGACGGUGAAGAGAUCGAGGGAGCCCUGACGACUCUAGCCAAGAUCGUACAGGUCCUCGAUAUUCCUGAUGCGUCAUUCAUGAGCUACUCAACGGCAAUCGAGAAUUUAAGCACACAACAUUGCGCACUCAAUCGUUCCUUAAAUCGAUUUAAAAAUAUCGCGGAGGAGCUGAAGGACUAUCUGGAGACCUUGAGACAUGAACACGACCUCCUGAAGCAUUGGAACGAGGCUUUAGUUCCUGGACCCUCCUCGAAAUCAGGGCUGGAUGCUGCCUCAACGCUUGAACGAAGAAAGGAAGCAUUGGUCAAGAAAGCCAAAGAACAACACCGUGAAUUGGAGGCACUACUGGUGGAAGAUAAACUCGACAUUCGCGUCAGCGUCGAUAAACUAAUAGCACAAAAAGAGAAAAAUCUCGCCAGCGAGAAGGAGCUCAAAGAAAACCGAGCGAAGAUCAAGGCGUUUCAAGGCUUGCCACCAAAUCUGGAAUUGGCACGGCACGAGCUGAGGGUUGCCCGCGAGAAACAAAUGGAACUCAUCCAGCUUCGAGAGCGCCUCUUAGGUAGGAUGGCGGACAGUGUUUCUUGA